UCGUUUUGGUGAAUGGGAUUCAUUAGGGUUUUGUGAAUUUUUUGAAGGGAUGGGGAUUGAGGUUGUAGGACUCGGGGUGGCAAUGAGUGGAGCGUGACGACUCUAUUUGGGCGAUAGUUUUUUUUAUUUGCAUGCCACUUGAGAAUGUAGGGGUGGGUUGUAAUGCGUUGCACUUCGUUGGACUUGACUGUGGCAUUAGGUGAUAUGUAAUCCCGUGUCUAAGAUGCAGUUUAGCCUGCACUAUGACAGUCUUUUUGUCAGGAAUCGCAUUAGGUCAUGUUAAUCGGAUCGCCCACGCAUCCUAGCUCAGCUGCUUUUUCCUGCACCGUACAAACUCAAAAAUAAGCUCUGUGAGAAGCAUCGAACAUCACCGAAUAUCGUCAUGAAUCGCUUUAAAGGCUGAUGCUAAUUGCCUGGAAGGCUGAUGUUCAUUGAUCGAAUGGGCACUAGAGAUUUUCCGAACUGUUUUUGUGAAAGCGCAUUCACGUUUUUCACUUCUGGUAUCUUUGAAGAUGUUGAUUGUAGGACACUAAAGUUAACAGCCUCUGUUGUUACUUGCCAUCUUUUUCUUUUAACCCGUCUUUCCUGAAUAUAGAGCGCAGCAUUAAUUGCGCAGUAGCACGAGAUCGCACCACUCAGAAGGGCGUGUAGGUUUCAUGUAGUGUUCAAUUUUCCCUGAUAUAUCAUCUCUGAUACUCUUCCUGACUCUUCAAUGAAAGCACGGUCAUAGUUGCAAAGGUUUAUUUCGUUUAGAUUUUCUUUGAGUGUUCCAUUCGCCCACCAUACAGUAUUUUUAUUUCGGGGUCCCUUUGGUGCUUCCAAUUGGCUCCUUUAAUCGCAAGUGAAUAUAGGUUUUCUCCUGCUAAUGGAAGGAUUUUCGUUUGCCCUCGAUGUCCUUUGUACAUCUUAGUUGUGCUCGUCUGCCAGCACUGUAGAAUUACCCAGUGGAAUCACGUCUCAUGAUCACUACGAGCCAUUGCAUUUGUUGUAGUUCUUCCUCCGGUUAGGCACCUGAAGGACAUUGUACGUUCUUUCCGGCGACAAUUUCAACUUGUCUUUCAUCAUGAACUUCAAUGCUUCAAUUAUGCAGCAUAUUCAUCAACAUAAUGUCAAAUUGUGCAACCGGUGACACUAGUGACCUGAGGAAGCGCAUUGCCUUCCAUGUGAGGUCAUGAACUUAUUGGAAGAAGCAAAAGCUGGAUCUGGACCUUUGAAUGUUGGACCAUCACUUUUGCCAGCUCAUCUCUCUGGGGGUACAGGGAGCACCCCUCCUCUGUCUCCUCGGAGUUAUGGCUCCCCAAUGUCUCCUAGGUCUCCUUUCAGCAGACGUGCUGGGCCUAGCCACUUUAUACGAGACUCUCCGUUGAAGAAGAGUAGUGAACCUGUUCGAGAAGUUAUACCGCAGUUUUAUUUUCCAAAUGGCCCUCCGCCAUCGAAGGACACUAUCGAUUCAUGUAUGACUCGAAUAAACCAGAUAUUUGGAGCCUUUCCAGAAGGUCUUCCUUUGGCAGCAUUUACAACCGUCACUAAGGAUGUCUGCAAACUGCCCUCCUUCUUUUCUAGUCCUUUAUUCAAAAGGAUCGAUGUCAACAAUUCUGGCAUUGUUACAAGGGAGAAAUUCAUAGAAUAUUGGGUGGACCAAAAUAUGCUGGCUAUGAACACUGCAACUCGCAUUUUUACUUUGUUGAAGCAACCAGACAAGAAUUUCCUUAGACAGGAGGACUUUAGGCCCAUAUUAAGAGAGCUGCUAUUGACGCAUCGCGGUCUAGAGUUCCUACAUGAUUCCCCGGAGUUUCAAGACAGAUAUGCGGAAACUGUGAUCUACAGAAUAUUCUACCAUGUAAAUAAAGCGGGGAAUGGCCGGAUUCAACUGAAAGAGUUGAAAAAGAGUAACUUAAUUACUGCUCUUCAGCAAGUGGAUGAAGAGGAAGACAUCAACAAAGUAUUGCGGUAUUUUUCGUAUGAGCAUUUUUACGUCAUAUAUUGCAAGUUCUGGGAACUAGAUUCAGAUCAUGACUUUUUCAUAGACAAGGAUGAUCUCCUUCGAUAUGAAAACCAUGCGCUCACUUACCGAAUCGUUGAGCGCAUCUUUUCUCAGGUUCCAAAAAGAUUCACCAGCAAAGUUAAGGGAAAGAUGGGUUAUGAAGACUUUGUGUGGUUUAUACUUUCAGAAGAGGACAAAUCUUCAGAACCCAGCUUAGAGUACUGGUUCAAGUGUGUGGAUCUGGACUGCGAUGGUGUGAUUACACCGAAUGAGAUGCAAUAUUUUUACGAGGAGCAACUUCAUCGGAUGGAGUGUAUGGCUCAGGAGCCUGUUCUUUUUGAAGAUGUUGUUUGUCAAAUGGCUGACAUGAUAGGGCCAGCGAAAGAGGGACAAUUGACACUUCGUGACCUGAAGCGGUGUAAAUUAUCUGGGAAUUUUUUCAAUAUUCUCUUCAACCUGAACAAGUUCGUAGCAUUUGAGACUCGUGACCCUUUUCUCAUUCGUCAGGAGAGGGAGGACCCAUCAUUGACGGAGUGGGACCGGUUUGCACACAUGGAGUACAGUCGACUUUCAAUGGAAGAAGACGGCGAGGAUGCUUCGAACGGCAGUGCAGAAGUCUGGGACGAGCCUUAUGAAGCUCUUUUCUAACUCUCUGCCGUCUCUCAAGAUUCAUUCUUUUUAAAAAUCUUCGCAGACGCAGACAGAACUAUGGAAUUUCUUCUGAGUUUUAGCAACUGGUCCGUGCAAUUCUUUCAGGGUUUCUCAUUAUAAUUGUAGAGUGUUGUUUGGGAGAGCGUAUUGAGUCGAGAGUCAGGGUUCUACGAAAAGACCAUACGAUGCAUGCGACAUUUGUACAGAACUCGAAUGGCAACAUUGUAUGUCUUUAGGAUGUACAACGUCAUAUGUUUCAGGUCACCAUCUCGCCAUGUACAGGUUCUAAGUUGAGCUCAAUCGUCCAGCUAGAAACAAGAACCUAGUGUGCGCAUAUGGUGACAGCCAAUACUUCGAGGCCAGGUCUGCAGAGGUCCGCUGUCAAAAAACUCUUUGAUCGCUUGCUCAUCAAGUUUCGUUGUCUUGGUACAGAACAAUGAGGUACAUCGCUUGGUUCCAAGAUCGCUCUUUGUAUAACAUUCACUCAAUUGUUGUGUAGCACUUCGCUGAAGUUACUUCAUGUUAUCAAUUUGGUUUUGGUGGUCAUUGGUGGUUUCAUGAGACCCCUUUGUCUUCUAUCACAUCCUGUGACUCUUUCAGUCUUAUUUUAGUCCUGCCCAACUGGUCAGUUGGACGUUUAGUGACGUGUAUGUACAUAAAUCUCUUUCUGAUAUCCACAAUUAGGCCUCAACUGUGUAGUGCUCCAGCAGGUAGGCAUGGAGUGCUCUAAGCUGUAUUUUCUUGUGAUAAUCUUUUCCUGUAGUCCUUAAGUUCCAGUCUUUAGUCUUUGGUCUGUAAGGUAGUUUGGUUAGUUGAAACAGUGAAACGGCUUCUCCGCACCAUUGUUUACCUAAGCAGACAUCCAUGUCAUACAAACGAACAUUUGUUUUUGAAGAUUUGCAGGUUGUGGAGCUAUCCUGAGGUUUUGGGAUAAGACUGGUUAACAGAAUUCCCUGAUAACGUGCGCCACUUGAGCUUUUAUUUUUCA